CAGCAUAGUUUGCAAAAACUUCGUAGGGGAACCAGGAGGGGCGUCGGAGUGGACCUUCCCCUCCCCAGCUUAGGCCCAGGCAAUGCUGCCCAGGGGCGCGCGGGGCUGUUUGCAACCCGCGCUGCUGCUCGGGGCUGCCGUCUUGUGGGCUUCCCGGCAGAGCUUCUCGGAAGCGGCUGCUGCGGAGCCUCCGCCGGCGGUGAGCGCGGAAAGGAGCCUGGUUUGGGGGCCCGGCUUGCGGGCCGAGGCCACCCUCCCCGUCCGGUAUUUCUGGCUGCAGGCGGUCGGCAGCGACGGGCGCAACUUCACGCGCUCCCCGCCAGGAAAUGCACAAUUUGAAGUGAAAAUCAAACCCAUCUCCCCCAAAGAAGUCGUUCAGAUCCAUGUCCCUAAGUUUGUGGACAGGAACGAUGACUCCUUUCUCAUGCGAUAUCGGUUGUAUGGAAGUGUCAAGGAAGGCUUAAAGGUGGAGAUUCUUUAUGGUGGUGCACAUGUCGCUGAAUCUCCCUAUAUCCUGAAGGGUCCAGUUUAUCAUGAAUAUUGCGAAUGCCCAGAAGAAGAUGCUCAGAUUUGGGAGAAAAGUCUUUCAUGUCCUUCAGAGCACCCUCAGAUUACCGAAGAUUUCGCUGUGUUUCCUAGCAUUGAUCUUCAGCGGAUGUUUGAUGAGGUUCCACCAAGGUUUGCCCAAAAGAUGGGAGCCAUUGUUCAUUAUACUGUCAUCGGCAAUCGCAUCUAUCGCCGGUCCUUGGGGAAGUAUACAGACUUCAAAAUGUUCUCGGAUGAAAUGUUGUUGUCACUGGCGAGGAAGGUUCACCUUCCUGAUGUGGAGUUUUAUCUCAAUGUUGCGGAUUGGCCUGCUGAGCAUCGGAAAGCAAACGACACCCCUGGCCCCCUGCCUAUCCUUUCCUGGUGUGGGUCUCUGGAUUCAGCAGACCUGGUACUUCCAACCUACGAUGUCACCCAUUCAACCCUAGAAACUCUGCGAGGCGUCACAAAUGACCUCCUGUCUAUUCAAGGAAACACAGGACCUGCCUGGGACAACAAAACGGAACAAGGCUUCUUCAGAGGUCGAGACAGCCGGGAAGAACGGCUUCAGCUGGUGCAGCUCUCCAAGGAAAACCCAGAACUGCUGGAUGCUGGAAUAACAGGUUACUUCUUCUUCCGAGAAAAGGAGGCGGAGUUGGGGAAGGCUCCAUUGAUGGGGUUCUUUGACUUCUUCAAGGAAAAUGAUGAAGAAGUCAGAAAAAUUGCCAAGGAAGGGCAGGCAGCUGCAAGAGAACUACUGCAGCCUCAUCGGUUUUAUUGCUACUAUUUCAAGGUGUUCCAGAAAUAUGCUGAACGCCAAGCUGGUAGACCUGAAAUACGGGAUGGGAUGGAAUUUGUACCUCAGCCUGAUGACAGGACUUCAGUCUGCAGCUGCCACAGGAAAAAGCCUUCAAAGGAAGAGUUAUAAGUAACCCUGCCAAAUGAGAUCAAAUAUAUAGCCUGUUGCAAGAAUGAGGCAGGACCUAAAAUAAUAUUAAACACUGUGGAAUCUGGAACUAGCUUGUACAUGGAGACAUAUUUACAAUUCAGUCCUACAGCGUCUGUUCAGAAGUAAGCACCAUUCAGUUUGAUGGGGCUUGCUUUUCGCUAAGUGUGUGCUGGAGUGUUGUCUUCCUUUGCUCUGUUUCCUCUACAAGUUGCCAUGUGUGCCUUUAAAAAAUCUGAACAGAGAAUAUAUAAUGGUGAGGAAAGUU